GCCCAGUCUUCAAUGUUGCUGCGUCCCAUCUGAAGACACAGCACAGUGUUUUCUCUUUCUCUUAACUAGUGUCUCUGUCUCCUGUCACCUGUCUCCUAUUCUUGUAUGCUUGGUCUGGUAUCACCUACACAUUCUCCAGCAAAAGCGCAUUGUCAUUUACUCCACUUUUCACCAUGCCGCAUUCCUCGUUGACACGUGCUGAGGUGGCCAAGCACAACACUACAGAAGACCUCUGGGUGAUCAUCGACCACAAGGUCUACGAUGUGUCGGACUUUGUAGACGCUCACCCCGGUGGCAGCGUUGUUCUCGCCCAAGUAGCCGGCAAGGACGCCACUGUCGAUUUCUACCAGCUACAUCGCCAAGAAGUCCUAACCAAAUACAAGGACCUGUGCAUUGGCACCUUGGAAGGCGAGAAGCCAGAAGUCAUCGAGCAGAAACCAGGCGACCUGAGCCCCGUACCGUAUGCAGAGCCUCUCUGGCUACGACCCGAGUUUAGCAGCCCGUAUUUCAAAGACAGCCAUCGCCGCCUGCAGAAAGCAUUCCGCGAAUUUACCGACCAAUAUAUUACCCCGGAGGCCCAGGCUAAGGAAAAGGAUGGCACUUAUAUCAGUCAAGAGCUGAUUGACCGCAUGGCCGAGACCAACAUCUUGGCCAUGCGAUUGGGCCCGGGAGAGCACUUGCACAACAGGAAAUUGCUGGGCGGCGUAGUUGAUGGCAAGGAGUUUGACGCUUUUCAUGACUUGAUUGCCUCCCAGGAGAUGGUUCGCGCCGGCGCACGAGGCUACCAAGACGGAAACAUGGCCGGCAUGGCUAUCAGUUUGACAGCGGUGAAACAGUGGCUCAGGAACAAACCAUUGAAGGAUCAAUUGAUGGAAGAAGUUCUUUCAGGCAAGAAAAAGAUGUGCCUUGCCAUUACAGAAGCUUUUGCGGGUUCUGACGUCGCGGGACUCCGUACGACUGCCGAGAAGACACCCGACGGAAAAUACUAUAUCGUUAACGGAACCAAGAAAUGGAUCACAAACGGCAUGUUCGCCGACUACUUUGUUACCGGAUGUCGCACCAAGAAGGGAUUCUCAGUUCUUCUCAUCCCUCGUGGCGAAGGUGUAGACACGACACAGAUCAAGACAUCUUACUCCACCACCGCGGCCACGGCCUUCGUCCAGUUCGAAAAUGUCAAAGUACCCAUCGAAAAUCUACUAGGCGAGGAAGAUAAGGGCUUUGCAGUUAUCAUGAGCAAUUUCAACCACGAGCGUUUCAUGAUGGCCGCUGGCGUCAUCCGCUUUUCUCGUCUCAUUGUUGAGGAGUGCCUGAAAUGGUGCAACCAGCGCAUUGUCUUCAAGAAACCCCUCAUUGAACAACCCGCCAUUCGCCAAAAACUGGCCAAGAUGAUCUCCCACGUUGAAGCAAACCAAGCCUGGCUCGAAGCAAUCACCUACCAGAUGUGUCAAAUGACUUACGCCGAACAAGCCAAGCACCUUGCUGGCCCGAUUGCUCUCAUCAAAUCUUACUCCACCCAAUCCGCCGGUGAAAUUGCCAGUGCUGCAACCAACAUCUUUGGUGGUCGAGGAUUGACUCAAUCAGGUAUGGGUAAGAUCAUUGAGAACUUUAACCGGGGCUACAAAUUCGAUGCCAUCCUCGGUGGCACAGAGGAGAUCUUGGCAGAUUUGGGCGUCAGACAGGCCGUUAAGGGAUUCCCCAAGGCUAUGCUUUAAAUUUCUCUCCUGAGUUCAUGUUCAAUUAAUCAACUAUAGUGUAAAUACAUCAGUUCCAUUUGUUCAUGUGAUACGGGUUUAAGAUAAAUGA